AUGGACUCAUCGCCCCCAAAAUAUAAUGGGACACAAAAUCCUGAAGAGUGGUUAAAAGAAUUCCGUUUUUUUUGUUUACUUCGUGGAAUUCACGAAGAGCAUGAAAUGUUAGAAUUAGCGUUAUUAAAAAUCGAUAAUACCAUUCCUAUACCGAAGGAGGGGAUAUCUUCAUUUUCAGAUUUAUCGAACCUUCUAAAAGAUCACGUAACUUAUACCUUACAAUGUAAAGUGGCAUUUGAGGAAUUAAAAGGAAUUAAAUAUAAUGUAGAUGUGAACAUAGUUGAUUUUAUAGCAAAAUUUCUUUCGCUUUGCGCUAAUUCUCAUGUUAUAAACGUUCAAGAUCAAAAAACUUGUUUAGUUCAAGCAUGUCCUGAUGAUGUUGUUAGAGAUAUCUUUAUAAACAAAAUCAAAAAGCAACCUUCUAUGCAUAGAGUGAUUGAAAUUUUUCAUGAUACCAUGACAGAAUAUAAAAGUCAAAUAAGAUAUGGAUCAAGAGUAGCAUUAAAGCACGUCGUCACUAGUCAAUAUUUAUCACACGGAAAAAAACAUAAGCCUGACCCGCUGAGAGCCAAUUUAUCUGAGGUAUUCUGCAGUAGUUGGAAACGGAGUGAAAAUGAUGUUUGGAUCGUAACAGCUACUUACGGUCAGAAUAAAGCGCCUGGUGAUCCGAUUUUUUUUAAUUCUAUGAUUCAAUUGGUUCAUGAAAAAACACGAGAAGCAUUAUUCGGUGACGAGGGUCAAUUAAAUUUAUCAGGAGCAUGGGUGUGGACGCUAACAGAUCCGAGAACGAAUUGGAUCGUUCAAAGUCACGAUCUUUUACAUUAUGAUAAUCCGGACUACGUUAUGGAUGGAGAUAUAAUUACUUUACGACAUAAUCUUAAUAAAAUGUCCUUACAGAGUCAUGAGUUUAAAAAUUCUGACGGAAAUCAAGAAGUCAUCAUCCACGGUGAUGGCCAAGGAGACAUUCAUAAGGUACAAUGA